AUGGCAGCUCUCGGUGUUGGAGGCGAGGCCUCGUUCCCCUCCAAGAUCCCCUUUUGGCGUCUGAUCUUCGACCAGAAGGUCAUCACACAAGAUGUCGCACAGCAUCCAUACCCCGGCUCAGGUACCGAGGAAGACCCGUAUGCUGUAACAUGGAUCCCAAAUGACCCUCGCAACCCCAUGAACUUCAGCGACACGGCGAAGUGGGCCAUCACCAUUCUGGUCUCUUUCGUCACAUUAGCCGUGGCACUGGUGUCAUCCGCAUACUCGGGCGGAAUGCGCCAGAUUAUCGCCCAAUUUGGUGUCGAGGAAGAGAUUGUCAUCCUGGGAGUCUCGCUUUUCGUGCUUGGUUUCGCCAUCGGGCCGCUGAUUUGGGCGCCUCUCAGCGAAAUAUUCGGCCGUCGCCAUAUCUUCACUUUUAGUUAUGCGUUUUUGACAGCAUUCAACGCGGGUGCUGCUGGCUCCCAGAACAUCCAAACGCUCAUCAUUCUUCGGUUCCUUGCGGGCUGCUUUGGAUCGUCACCGUUUGGUAACGCAGGUGGCACGAUUGCUGAUAUGUUCCCUGCCUCUCAGCGUGGCAUCGCGAUUAGUUUGUUUGCCGCUGCUCCUUUCUUAGGCCCGACCAUCGGACCUAUUAUUGGAGGCUUCCUGGCUACCGGAGCGGGGUGGCGCUGGGUGGAAGGCUUCCUCGCUGUGUUUUCGGGUGUUCUUUGGCUGUGCAUUAUCUUCUUGCUGCCAGAGACAUAUGGCCCAGUUCUGCUACGGCGACGAGCCGCCAAGCUGUCUGAGUUGACCGGAAAGGUGUACCGCAGCAGACUCGAUAUCGAGCGCGGGCCUAUCCCUAUGGGCAAGACUUUGAAGACGGCACUUUCGAGACCCUGGAUCCUGCUGUUCCGAGAGCCGAUUGUUCUGCUAUUUUCGAUUUAUAUGUCGAUCAUCUACGGUACUCUCUACAUGCUCUUCGCGGCUUACCCUAUCGUCUUUCAAGAGGUUCGGGGUUGGAGCGAGGGUGUGGGCGGUCUCGCAUUCUUGGGCAUCCUGGUCGGCAUGGUCCUCGCUGUGAUUUACACCUUCCCGGAGAACAUGCGCUAUGCAAAGAAAUGCAGCGAGACCACCGAUCGUCUUCCCCCGGAGGUUCGACUGCCUCCGAGUAUGAUUGGAGGCAUUGCUCUACCUAUCGGCCUAUUCUGGUUUGCCUGGACAAACUCUCCGAGCAUCCACUGGAUGGCCUCGAUUGCCGCCGGUGCCCCAUUUGGAUUCGGCAUGGUCCUCAUCUUCUUGAGCGUUUUCAACUAUCUUAUUGACUCCUAUACAAUUUUCGCUGCCUCGGUCCUGGCAGCCAACUCCGCACUCCGCUCGCUGUUCGGCAUGGCGUUCCCCCUCUUUACGACAUACAUGUACAGAAACCUGGGCAUCCAUUGGGCGUCUUCCAUUCCAGCCUUUCUGUCAGUCCUCUGCGUGCCACUACCGUUCAUCUUCUACAAGUACGGUCCCCAGAUUCGUCAACGUUGCACCUUUGCGGCCGAGGCUGAUGCAUUCAUGCGCCGACUCGCCGAAAAGAACCAAGCUGAAAUUCGGAGAGAAGUGGCGGAGGAGAAGCAGACCGAGAGGAACGCCCAAGCCGAGGAUGGAGAAGAUAAUACUAGCGAUAGCGAAAGUUUGUCAACCGUCCUUUCGCGGGAAAGCAUCGCGCGAUAUGCCUCGCGGGCCUCUCGUCAAUCAGGAAAAUCCAUGCACCGCAUCUCCACCGCGAUCCAGUACGAGGAAAAUCCAUAUGACAUUGACUUGGUUAAUACUCGCCAGUCCGUCAUCAGCCGGAAGGACUGA